CGCGAAUUUGAAAUAAGCUUCCGUGCGAAUGCGAGUAAAGUAUCGGAUAAGGCACACACCGUUCAGCGAAUGGCGACACUACUUUGGAUGUGUUAUUUCGUUUGUUACGUUUGGUUUAAUUCUACUCUCAUUCGUGACGCCGUACUGGCUCCAGUCGUGGUCAAGACUUCACACACCUUUUCUGAGGCUCGGUUUAUGGGAGUUCUGUCUCAAAGGCUUCAUGGAACGUGUUGAUCAAGGGAUGGUAUCCUAUUUCGACUGUUGGUGGAUACUUUCUCCAUAUUAUUCAAAGAUAUUCGCAGAGCUUGUUCCAUUCUGGUUCAUCAUUAUACAAGUGCUUAUGUCUGUUUCCCUGGCAAUCCAGGUCGUGCUCUUCGUUCUUCUGAUAGUUUAUCUUUGCGAACGCAUAAGACACGUGGAACGUCGAAUUUUUUCCAUAAAUAUGAUGGCUGUUGGCCAUGCGCUUACGGCUUCCGUGCGAAUGCGAGUAAAGUAUCGGAUAAGGCACACACCGUUCAGCGAAUGGCGACACUACUUUGGAUGUGUUAUUUCGUUUGUUACGUUUGGUUUAAUUCUACUCUCAUUCGUGACGCCGUACUGGCUCCAGUCGUGGUCAAGACUUCACACACCUUUUCUGAGGCUCGGUUUAUGGGAGUUCUGUCUCAAAGGCUUCAUGGAACGUGUUGAUCAAGGGAUGGUAUCCUAUUUCGACUGUUGGUGGAUACUUUCUCCAUAUUAUUCAAAGAUAUUCGCAGAGCUUGUUCCAUUCUGGUUCAUCAUUAUACAAGUGCUUAUGUCUGUUUCCCUGGCAAUCCAGGUCGUGCUCUUCGUUCUUCUGAUAGUUUAUCUUUGCGAACGCAUAAGACACGUGGAACGUCGAAUUUUUUCCAUCAAUAUGAUGGCUGUUGGCCAUGCGCUUACGGCUUGUGCGCUCUUCCCAGCUCUAGUGGUGUUUGGUGUUAACUGGAAGAACCCUAACUGGAUGCCCUAUCCAAAAUUUAACUGGCCCUCUUGGUCCUACGGUGCGGCUAUUCUGGCCAAUUUCAGUUCCUUGUGUGGAGCUUUGUGCUUCGGCUUGGUUAGUCGGGAGCUCCGUCGAGAUUUGGAAGAGUACACCAUGGAGUUUCCAAUGUCCACUAAACUCAAGCACCGAAGACGCUGGUGGCUCAGAAAACGUCGGUGGUCUCAAGACGUCGAGGCUCCGGGUUCAAAACCACACUAUGAGUUUGAAAAACGACUAACGCCUACGCCGAGACCGGACGAGAUGAUAUCGAUGAGUGAAUUCAGUCAAAGUCACGCACAAUCUGUUUCACAACAAGAUAAUUCACUUGGAUCGCCUGAAAGCGACUCACAACCGCGAAGUUUCGAGUCACCCUCAUCUAGUAUGCGAGAACAUCGCCCGUUGGUUGGUCAGCGGUAUGGAUCCGAUAUCUAACGAUUCACGGAAACACAACCAAACACCGGAGUGUAACUUUCCUUCCAAAUGCUUUGUACCGUACUUUUAAUUCAUCGCACAAUUAUCAAAUAAUAAACUGUCACUAAUCAAUAGACCCG